ACUGGAGAAAGCGGACUGCGCGUGCGUAUCCAGACGUGGCAACGGCAUCAUGGCCUCUAGGAACCGCUACGGUAGUCCGGUGAGGGAGGCAAAAAUGUUCAUACUGGUAUUGCUGGUUUGGCUGGCGGCAGUGCUGGAGGCCGUGAAGGUGUCCCCUCUGAUCGAGAAGGUCAGUGAUCACAAAGACUUCAAGAAGCUUCUGAGGACCAGGACCAACGUGCUUGUGCUCUACACCAAAACAGAUUCGUCGGGGGACCCCCAGCUGAAGCUGCUGUCAGACGUGGCGCAGUCGGUGAAGGGCCAGGGGACCAUCGCCUGGGUCAACUGCGGAGAUACAGAAGGUCGCAAACUGUGUAAGAAGGUGAAGGUGGACCCGAGCUCGAAGGGCGUGGGGGCUGAGCUGCUGCAUUACAAAGACGGCUCGUUCCACACGGAGUACAACAGGCCGGCCACGUUCAAGUCCAUGGUGGCUUUCCUGAAGGACCCGUCUGGGCCGGCGCUGUGGGAGGAGAACCCAGAGGCUAAAGACAUUGUGCACAUCGAGACGGAGAAAGACUUCAGAAGGUUGCUGAAGAAGGAGGAGAGGCCGGUGCUGAUGAUGUUCUACGCCCCAUGGUGCGGCGUGUGUAAACGCAUGCAGCCCCUAUUCCAACAGGCGGCCACUGAGACCAAGGGAAGAUAUGUGCUGGCGGGGAUGAACGUGCAUCCGAGCGAGUUCGACGGCCUCAAGCAGGAGUACAACGUCAAGGGCUACCCCACCUUCUGCUACUUUGAGAAAGGGAAGUUCCUCCACCACUACGAGGACUACGGCGCCUCAGCCAAGGACAUCGCUGAUUGGAUGAAGAACCCCCAGCCCCCCCAGCCCAAGACCCCGGAGGUCCCAUGGUCGGAGAGCGAGUCCCCCGUGUUCCACCUGACCGACGCCACCUUCGACAGCUUCCUGGAGGAGCACCCGGCGGCGCUGGUCAUGUUCUACGCCCCCUGGUGUGGCCACUGUAAGAAGAUGAAGCCGGAAUACGACGAGGCCGCUGAGGUCCUCAACAAGGGCUCUGACAGUCCGGGCGUUCUGGCGGCAAUGGACACCACCAUCCACAAGGCGACCGGCGAGCGCUUCAAGAUCUCGGGCUUCCCCACGAUGAAGUACUUUGAGAAGGGCCAGGACAUGUACGCCCUGCCCCAGCUCCGCAGCAAGGACGGCAUCCUCGACUUCAUGCGCAACCCGCAGGCACCGCCUCCCCCUGAGCAGUCAUGGGAGGACAAGCCCUCCAGCGUCAGCCACCUGGGCACGGAGGACUUCCGGGAGGCCCUGAAGAAGAAGAAGCACGCCCUGGUCAUGUUCUACGCUCCCUGGUGUCCCCACUGCAAGAGCUCUGUCCCCCACUUCACAGCGGCGGCCGACACCUUCAAGGACGACCGCAAGAUCGCAUACGCUGCGGUGGACUGCACCAAGGGACAGAACCACGAUCUGUGCAAGCAGGAAGGGGUGGAGGGCUACCCCACCUUCAUCCACUUCAACUACGGCAAGUUUGCCGAAAAAUACAACGGAGACCGUGGGGAAGCGGGCUUCACUGGGUUCAUGCGCAGCCUGAGGAGCCGAGACCAGGAGAAGAUGAAGCGCAGGGAGGAGCUCUAGGAUUGGUUACUGGUAGAGGGCGGGGGUGGGGGCGGGGGCGGAGCUUGUCAUUGCACUGUGACCCCUUCACCUGGCAGGGCCCCCCCGAUCAGCACUGACGUGGGAGACUCGACGACCUCAGUGAAGGUUUACUUUUUAUUUUUUAUUAUUCUAGCAUGGUGAUCAUCGUUUGUGAAAACGCCGACGACCAAGUACAUGCAGUGUGGCCGGCCCCUCGAGACUUUUUCACGGAUGUUUUAAUGAGAGAGACAUGCAAACAAAACUGUUUUUUCUGUCCACAGAUACUGUGACUGCAUAUGUAAAAAAGAAAAAAAAUGAAAAAAAAGGCUAUACCUUAUACUGUAUCUAUGCAAUCCUGACCCCCCCCCCC